GUUUGUGUAAGAAGAAUGAGAAUUACAGCUGUCGGGACGUCCCGCCACCCCCCGGCCCGCAGACAGGUGGUACGGUCCGAGCCGCUCCGGCUGAAACACGUGCUCCGUGUUUUGAGGGUUUCAGCGGUGUUGCAGCAUUUUCUCAGCCGGGCUGCGGGGCUGUCACCGCGGGGUUUAGAUCCUCGGAGCUCCCGGUGCGUCGACGCCCAGCGCGGGGUGGAUGUUCGGACCCACGCGGGCGGAGGGACUCGCCUCACGGGACUGACGGUUCUGCUCAGGUUCUGCUCGUGUUCUGAGGCUCCUCCCAGCGGCGCCAUGAGUUCCAAGGUGUGCAGGACCUGCGGUGGCUCGGACAUCGAUGUGGACCCGGCCCGGGGCGACGCCGUCUGCAUGGGCUGCGGCUCGGUCUUGGAGGACAACAUCAUCGUGUCCGAGGUGGAGUUCGUGGAGUCCGGAGGAGGCGGGUCUCUGGCUGUGGGACAGUUCGUGUCCUCAGAAGGUCAGAAGAACCCACUCUUUGGAGACGGGCAUGGCACGAGUCUGGGGUCCGAGUCCAGAGCCAGGACUCUGCAGAGAGCUAAAGAGUACAUCAACACUCUGGGACACCAGCUGCAGAUGAGUCAGCACUGUUUGGACACGGCCUUCAACUUCUACAAGAUGGCGCUGAACAAAAGCCUGACCCGCGGACGCAGAAUGGACCACAUCAUCGCCGCCUGCAUCUACCUGGUGUGUCGCACCGAGGGGACGCCAC